AUGAGAUUGCUACUGGUCGUAUUUGGUCUGGCCUUGACCUCAGCAGAGCAGUAUUCGCCAAUAACUAGGAGCUACCAUGAAGAGAUUGGCAUUCCAGAGGCGAGGAGGAUCAAAAUCGCGGAGGAGUCCAUGGAUUUUGAUGGAGCGAGGAUCACAGGCGGUCAGACCUCCUUAUUAGGAAACCACCCACACAUGGGUGGUAUGCUUAUAGAUUUGACGAUAAACGUUCAGUCAGUAUGCGGAUCCUCCCUUAUCUCCAGAACAAGGCUGGUGACCGCUGCUCAUUGCUGGCGGCAUGGCAACUUCCAUGGGCGUCAAGUCACCGUGGUUCUUGGGUCGGUUCGCCUGUUUACCGGCGGUAUUCGGCAAUUAACUGACCAAGUGACACUGCAUCCCAACUACAGGGAAAGCGAUCUUCACAACGACCUGGCUGUUAUAAUAAUUAGAGAGGUUGCAACAAACAACGCUGUUAAUAUCAUCAGAAUCCCUAGUGGCAAUAAUAACUACGCUGGAGCGUGGGCCACUGCGGCUGGAUUCGGUAGAACUGAGGAAGGCGGCCAGAUCGGCAUUACCCAAGUGUUGAGCCACGUGAACUUGCAAGUCAUCACUAACCAAGCAUGCGCGCGGACUUUCGGCAACGAUGUCAUCAUUUCAUCCACGCUGUGUACCGCCACGGCAAACAGCAGAAGCACUUGCGGAGGAGACUCUGGAGGACCCCUCGCAAUCGGCUCUGGCACUAACCGUGAGCUGAUCGGCAUCGUAUCGUUCAACCACCGCGAGGGAUGCACGCGAGGCCAUCCGGCGGGCUUCGCCAGAGUCACCUCAUUCGCCGCAUGGAUCCGUUCGCAUUUAUAA